AUGAUUAGAAAUAUUCAAACUUUAUCACUCAUGCUAUCCCAAUGCAUUAUUGAAGCUUUUAAAAAUAUUAAUAUAGAAUCUUGCCUUAAGGACAUUCAAGUACCACAGCUCAAGACUUAUGAUUUGCUCCAAUUGCUCAAAAUGGUCAAAAAUGUUUUCCAAAGUGAACCUACGCUCCUUAAUUUAGAGGGAAACUUCAAUGUAAUUGGUGAUCUUCAUGGUAACCUCCGUGAUUUACUUAGAAUUCUUAAGUUCUCUCAAAGCAAUCUCAACAAUUCUCGGUUUAUUUUUCUCGGAGACUUAGUCGACAGAGGUGAUUUUUCUGUAGAAAUACUUAUACUUCUAUUUAGCCUCAAGCUUGCAUACCCAACUCAAAUUUACCUCCUUAGAGGAAAUCAUGAAUUUAUUCAGGUCAAUGCAGAAUAUGGUUUUAGGAGUCAAGUGCUAUCCCAAUACAAUGAAUAUAUUUUCCAACUGUUUAACGAUAUCUUUUCAUACUUUCCAUUAGCUGCUGUUGUCAAUAAUUCAUAUUUCCUUGUUCAUGGAGGAAUAGGACCAAACGUAGAGAACCUCAGUCAAAUUCAAAGCAUUCCAAAGCCAAUAAUAUCCUUCCAAAGCAAUCCAAUUAUCACUGCAUUAGUAUGGAGCGAUCCAUGUGAAAAUAUUAAUUGGUUUGGUGAUAAUUCUCGUGGUAAAGGAUAUUUCUUUGGAAUCGAUGCUGUCCGUCAAUUCUUAGAAAUUAUCAGAUCUCAUGAGUGCGCUAACGGAUCUAAAUUACAACUCGGAUCUAAUGUUGUUACAGUAUUUUCAACAAGCUAUUAUAUAGUAAAUCCAAUUAAUUCAUGUGGGAUUGUGGAGAUCACUUCACCUUGUAACUACGUGACGCAUCUAUUAGAACCUAAGCUUUCCAUUAAGAAACAAGAUGUAACAUGCGUUCCAUUUGAUAUUAACAGCAACGGUGAUGUGAUUAAGAGGAAAAUUGUUCUCAAAUCAUCAAAAUCUCACUCUGAAUUUAAAAAGAUAUCAUGUGCUGUUAAACUGCAAAAGUUGAAGAAUGUGAUAGUUAGAAAAGAUUAA